AUGUCUAUUUCUCCAGCUCUACGGUCUGCGACCCGGGCGGCAUACAGAGAUGUCUUACGUGCGGCAACUCUUACUUUUGCUGGUGACCGGCCAGUCCUGCAAGCCUUUAGGGCCAAAGUACGGUCUGAUCUCUCGCAGACCCUCGUCGUAGAUGAAACAGCCGUCCAACAACAAGGACAAUUCUUGCGGGAAAUUGCGGGUGUCUUGAGACGGAACGUUGUGCAGGCUACAAAGGUCGAUGCUGCUGAAGAUGGCUCGGAGCUGUAUCGAAUACGACUGACCAAGGAUACUGAGCUCGGCGACAAUGAUUCCAUAAAGAAUCCUCCGCCAGUGGAAUCAAGUCGCGGCCAACGCCACCAGGACGGGCAGGCUCACAAAUGCUACAUCGAAGAGUCUUUCGUCCGCGGGAGUGGGCCGGGUGGACAAUCAAUCAAUAAAACUGAAAACAACGUCCAGCUGCUUCACAUGCCGACUGGUGCCCGAGUGUCCUGCCAGGAGAUGCGUUCUCUUUCACAAAACCGCAAGCUGGCUCGUAAAUGGCUCCUUGAGAAGCUUGACCAGCUAGCCAACCCCGGCCUGUCGAAGGAAAACAUGAAGGCAGCAAAGCAACGAGAACGUGAGCGACAACGUAGAAAGAAGGCAAAGAAGAAGGCAAAGAAGAAGGAGGCGCCUCAGAGGAUGGAAGAGGAGGAUUGA